UUUUUCCUCGAGGUUGGCGGCUGCUCGUGGCACGCCCAUUGCCUCCGCUGUUGCAUGUGCAUGUGCCCGCUGGAUCGCCAACAGUCGUGCUACAUACGCGAACGCCAAGUCUACUGCAAGGCCGAUUACAGCAAAAGUUUUGGCGCCAAGUGCUCGAAAUGCUGUCGCGGCAUCUCCGCCUCGGAUUGGGUGCGACGAGCGCGCGAUUUGGUGUUCCAUUUGGCCUGCUUUGCCUGCGAUCAAUGCGGACGCCAGUUGUCCACUGGCGAGCAGUUUGCGCUCAUGGAUGACCGUGUGCUUUGCAAGGCUCAUUAUCUUGAAACGGUCGAGGGUGGCACCACAUCAAGUGACGAUGGCUGUGAUGGUGAUGGUUAUCACAAGAGUAAAACGAAACGCGUGCGCACCACCUUCACCGAGGAGCAAUUGCAAGUGCUGCAGGCCAACUUUCAGAUUGACAGUAAUCCGGAUGGUCAGGAUUUGGAGCGCAUUGCCUCGGUGACCGGUCUGAGCAAGCGUGUGACGCAAGUUUGGUUUCAGAAUUCGCGUGCGCGUCAGAAAAAACACAUACAUGCUGUACGCGAACCGGAAGGAAGCUCAUUUGCGCGUCAUAUUAACCUGCAGUUAACGUACUCGUUUCAGAAUAACCCACAGAAUCCCAUGCAUAUGAAUGGCACCAAAGGCGCUCUAUAUCCAGCGCAUGAAUCCUCUAUGGAUGAACUGUCGCAAGACUCGAGCGUCCACUGCAUGCCCAGCGAGGUGUGACUGGAACAGUCCUCGCCAGCGCGUGCCCAUCGCUAGCCCAAAGCUUGGGCACUGUGAUUCGCAACACACGUGGAUCGUUGGCGCUAAACUCAAUUCAAAAACGUCCUUUCCUAGUCAAAAUUUUAUGUACAGCUAAGCGCUCAAAUGAAAUACACAAAAACUAUACACACCCACACACACAGCAUGGAUUACAACUACAACUAUAACAACAAAACGAACAGAUACGUUUAGCAUAAAAUUAAGGCAUAAAUCGCAACAAGUUAAGGCUGUUUGUGCAACAGUUAAUGCUUAGAGCAUUGCAACAAACGUUACCCAGUCCAAGGUCCCAGCUCUCUACACCAAAGUAGACACACACACACACACACACACAUCUCAAAACAUUCCUGCAUAGCCUAUAAACCUAAGCUUAGUUUAGUUAAUUUAAUUUAAAUGAAAUUUAAAUUUAAUUUAGUUUAAUGCUUAAGUGUUAAGUGUUUCCCUCUCUCUCACACACUCUAACUCUCUCUCUCUCUCCCUCUUGCUAGUACUUGCGUCCCCCUUGUACAUGUCUUUUAGUUGUUAAGCUAAGAAAAAAGAAAAACUGCAGCUGCUUGCCAAGGCUUUUGUAAAAUAUUUAUACGCCUACUAUUCAUG